AUGCACAAGCUAUCUGUAAAGUAAAUCAGUCCAUUUCACUGAGUUGACACACUGCAAUCUUUCCUGUCAUUUAUUUUCAUCACAUGAUUCAGCACCAUUUUUUUUUGUACAUGUUUAUGUUCUUUUCCAUUUUUGUUUAUUUUGUAUGUUUCUGUCUGUGUAGUGUCAGCUACAUUUAUUUUGUGAGUGGUUAUCAAUGUUUGUGUCUUUGGGCAUCUCAAAUGGCUAUAUUCUGUCACUACAAUUUGCCGUUAUUAGUGGCAGGUCAAGAAGCAUUGUGUGUGGCAACAUCCCCCUUUCAGCUUCUUCUAGAUGUAAUUUUCCUCUCUCUCCGAAAUCAAUUGAAUUAAAUUCAGAUUGUCAAAAACCUUCCAUUUAAAUUCCUCUCCAAAGCUGUGAAACCUUUUCAAUUCUAAUUCAUCAUCUGUUCGACACCAUGUCACCUUUGAAUUGGCAUUAACUUCAACAUUUCACUUUUAAUCUAAAUUAACUCCAACCCUGGUUAGCAGUGUGUGGGUUACGUGUUAGCAGACAUCCUCCCCCUCUAAACAAUCGUGAAAAGGGUUGAGUGUGUGUGUGUCUGCGCGUGUGUGCGUCUGGCGUACGCCUAGUGUGUGGAGGUCUUUUAUUCUUCAGGCCCAGGGGAUGCAGGGCAAAGUGGAGUGAGUUUGACUGACAGGUCAGGGAAAACUGGAGUGGCGCGUUUGCCAAGUCGAAUGGUGCCCCACAGCGCUUGGCAUGAACAGAGGCAGACGCUGCCUUCUGGGGUCCCCGCUACCCAGCCAAAUUCACAUUGUUGAGGUGGUCGAGGAGACAAACAACACAAAGGAACACGUGGCACACACAGGGAACGUGAACAGAGGGCCAAGUGUCUUUCAUUUAUCUCUCUCUCUCAUAACUCCACCACUCUCUCCUUCUUUUCCUUAUUUGUGUUGUAGUUUUAUUGAAUUUUGUUUCAAGAGAUGGUCGUUGUUUUGGGGGGUAGUUGGUGAUAUAGUAGGUGUUGACCUGAUGAAGAUUGAUUCUUGUCAGAACAAUGAAAAUGUUUUGAAACACCUCAAAGUGUAGGUUUCUUUAAAUGAAACCAAUGACUGUAUAGUAAUAAUUAUCAGGACUCUGGGCCCUAUUCAAUCACAACUACUCCAGGGUUUCUUCUUUGUGAGGCAGCAUACUUGAAUUAUUGGAAUACUACACAUACAAUUUUAUUUUUGUUUCACAGAGUAAACAGCAUUUGUUUUACCUGCAGAAACAGCUUGUGAUUGAAUAGCGCCUGCUGUGUUUAGAAUUGCUAUGGUGGUCCUCGUCUACACAGUACUAACCAAAUGUCAUCCUUCUCUCUCUCCCAUUUGCUCUCCCCCUUUCCCUCUCUUCCCUCUCUCUGUCUUUCUCCUAUCUAUAGCGGUGUAGGUCUGGCCCGGGCCCACUAUGAAAAACAGCCCCCCUCGAACCUGCGCAAAUCCAACUUCUUUCACUUUGUGUUGGCGCUGUACGACCGACAGGGCCAGCCCGUGGAGAUUGAGAGGACCUCCUACAUAGACUUUGUGGAGAAAGAUAAAGUAAGACCAACACACAAAGGGGAAUGGGGAGGAGGGCAUGUGUGCCAGGUAUAGCUAGCAUUGGGGAUAAAAGGGUGGCACUGACGCUGGGACCAGUGUUUGUGGCACGUCAUUCCUUCUGCUUUGUUCAGUGCUAUAGCACAGUGAUGCUUUGA